UUAAAUAAUAUUGUGCUAAGCAUAGUUUUGCACUUGCAUGAUCAAGAUUUAAACAUACAAGCCAACUAUUUCAUUAACAAAAUAUUAAGCGAAAGUUUUAGAGAACGACAGAAAAGGCUUCAACAUAAAAAACAACAACAGUGCCAUCAGAGACGCAAAAAUAGAGAAAAUCUUAUACGGAAUGUUACAAAGCAACAAAAUGAACUUGAAUUAUUAAAUGAUAAUAACUGCUCUGAGUUAAAGGAGAAAGAAGAAAGUUGUCAAAUUGAAAAUGAAUCAUUAGAAUUAGUCGAACCACCUUAUACACAAAAUUUAUUAACAAUUAGUUCCGCACUUACACCAGUUUUUCCUGCCUAUGAAGAUUCUAAUUUUUCUACCGAUAUUACUACUUCUGCUGUUUUGCAACCUAACUCUCUACUAAUAGCAUUGAGCCCGAAUAAAUUUAAUAAUUCCUCUUCAGACACAGAUUUAAAUGAAAAUAUCAAUAACAAUAAUACUGAAUUUGACAAUAAUGCUAUUGAAUUUGAUAAUGAAGAUUUACUUAUCAUUAAAUAUAAAUAUGUUACACUUACACAAUUUUAUGCAUAUUGUCUGCAAGUUCAUCAAAAUUGGUUAAAUUUUGUAAAAGCCAAUCAAAAGAAAAUUUGUAUCAAGCUCUAUCAAGGAAA